AUGAAUGUCUGAAAUUCCACUUUACAUAUUUGCUUCUCCUUCACCAUCACCAUGCCAUUUUCGGUCACCAUUUCUUCCUUCUCUCUUCUCACUAACCCCACCACCCACCCCCACCACCGGACCACCGUGCUCCGCCCAAAAAACCCACUUCAAAAUCGUUCACAACUCACCAUUAAAUCCUCCAUUGACAACAAGAAACCACCUUCAACUAAGCCCACUUCAUGGGUCAGUCCAGAUUGGCUUACUAAACUUACCAGGUCACUUACUUUAGGCCAAAAUGAUGAUUCUAACAUACCCAUUGCGAGUGCUGAGCUUGAUGAUGUUUCUGAACUUUUGGGUGGUGCUCUUUUUCUUCCAUUGUUUAGAUGGAUGAAUUUGUAUGGACCUAUUUAUCGUCUUGCUGCUGGACCGAGGAAUUUUGUUAUUGUUAGUGAUCCUGCUAUUGCUAAGCAUGUUUUGAAGAAUUAUGGAAAGUAUGGUAAAGGGCUUGUUGCUGAGGUUUCUGAGUUUUUGUUUGGUUCUGGUUUUGCCAUUGCAGAAGGUCCUCUUUGGACGGCAAGGCGAAGGGCUGUGGUUCCAUCUCUUCACAAGAAGUACUUGUCAGUAAUAGUUGAUCGGGUCUUUUGCAGAUGUGCUGAGAGAAUGGUGGAGAAACUUUUACCUAAUGCAAUUUCUGGCUCUGCAGUGAAUAUGGAGGCAAAGUUUUCUCAACUAACACUUGAUGUUAUUGGUCUUGCACUCUUCAAUUACAAUUUUGAUUCCCUUACUACUGACAGUCCAGUUAUUGAUGCAGUAUACACUGCAUUAAAAGAAGCAGAGCUCCGUUCAACUGAUUUGUUGCCAUAUUGGCAGAUCAAAGCUUUAUGUAAAUUCAUCCCACGACAAAUAAAGGCUGAAAAUGCAGUUUCAUUAAUCAGACGAACAGUUGAAGAACUCAUUGCAAAGUGCAGAGAGAUUGUAGAAUCUGAGGGUGAGAGGAUUAAUGAAGAUGAGUACGUGAAUGAUAGAGAUCCAAGCAUCCUUCGAUUUUUGCUUGCUAGCCGUGAGGAGGUUUCAAGUGUACAACUUCGAGAUGAUCUUCUAUCAAUGCUAGUUGCUGGGCAUGAAACCACAGGUUCAGUUUUGACUUGGACGGCAUACCUGCUGAGUAAGGAUCCUUCCUCUUUGGAAAAAGCACAUGAGGAAGUAGAUGGAGUUUUGGGAGGACGCUCUCCGACCUAUGAAGACAUGAAGAAUCUCAAGUUCUUAACGCGGUGCAUAACUGAGUCACUCAGACUCUAUCCGCAUCCACCUGUCCUAAUAAGAAGAGCUCAAGUAGCUGAUGUCCUCCCCGGGAAUUACAAAGUCAAUGCUGGUCAAGAUAUAAUGAUUUCGGUAUAUAACAUUCAUCAUUCUUCAGAGGUAUGGGAUAGAGCUGAAGAAUUUGAUCCUGAAAGGUUCGACUUGGAAGGUCCCGUCCCAAAUGAAACGAAUACUGACUUUAGAUUCAUUCCGUUUAGUGGAGGGCCACGAAAAUGCGUUGGUGAUCAAUUUGCCUUGUUGGAAGCUACAGUUGCUCUUGCGAUAUUUGUACAGAACUUCUCAUUCGAGUUGAUUCCAGAUCAAACUAUUAGCAUGACUACUGGAGCAACCAUUCAUACGACAAACGGUUUAUACAUGAAAGUGAAGCAAAGGGAAAAAGUAUCUGUUUUGGCUGCUGCACUGUAAAUUUUGUCACAGGAGAAAAGUUAUCUUGAUUCUUUGAACAUUAUAUACAUCUUUGGUAGACUAUGAGAAUCAUCAUUAUUGCAU